AUGUCCAAUUUUGCUCACCGCUUUCGCGGUUGGCUUGUCGAUUAUAAGUGGCGUUUUGCUCCACUUGUCCACAUGAACCUUGCACGACGUGAUCGCAAUACCAUACCUCUUACCAUAAACAUCACGAAGGAAGAAGUCGAUUCGCAACUGCAAUCCGUUCUGAGGAUACUGUCAUCAGAAUUUGCUCCGCUUGACUUCCACAAGCGUAUUCCAGCCGAGCAACGAGCUCGGGCCACUGAGCUGCUAACCAAACAUUUGUCAUUCGCGCUUGUGAGGAAAUCAAGCAGUUUAAAAGGAUGUGGUCAAGGAAUUUUUGUUGCGAAAGGACCAGUACCCGCUCUUCGGGUUGUUGCGCUCUACUCAGGCACGAUAUACGACCCUUGGGAUUCGAUUCUCUUACAGUCCAUAGGAAACCAUUUUGUGCUGCGAUGUCAGGACGGAGUGACCAUUGACGGAAAUGACGUCCGGCUUUCACGUUGGAUACACCGCUCAUGCGCCUAUCGCGAUCUGUCACCAGCAAUCAGCGAUCUCACUUGGCUGGAGGACACUCCCUUCAACUAUCUCAAUAUGGGCCACUAUGUGAACAAUGAACCAGCUCCUAAUGCUCACAAUGUCCAGUACGUUGAUCUGGACAUUCAUCAGUGGCCACUACGCCUGCGAAAAUUCUUGCCUUAUUCUGUCUAUUCUCCACAUAGGGUUCUUCCGCUGAGAGUGGUUGUUUUGGUGUCUGUAAGAGAGAUUGCCGAAGGAGAAGAGUUGUUUUCAGCUUAUGUUUCGAGGUAG